AUCUUUUUCCAGAUGCCCAAGCACAAAAGUAAGAGUAAAAAUGGUGUCGCUAGUAAGAAGAGUAAAAUUGCUGAUCCUUGCAACCUUAAUCCGGAUCUUGUAAAGAACAAAGAUAAUUAUGAAAACUUAUUUUCAAAACAAGAAAAAUUCGAGGAUUCCUGCCUCACCGUAACUAACCAUCCCUUUAAUUGCUGUCAGAUGAAAAAUAUCCUGGAACCCGAGUUCCUGGAGAAAUUAAACCACGAACUGAAGGGUCUUGAGCUUAAGGAGAAGAAUAAUGAUCUUUAUAAGUUUCAUCAAUCUGGAGAAUUGAACAAGGUUCAGCUCCCUGCCUUGCAAGGGUUCAAGAAUAUGCUCCUGGAACAGCUUAAACCUAUAAUAUCCCAGAUAACCGGAGCAGAGCUGGAUGACCGGCUAGCUCUGUUCUAUGCACAGUAUCAGCAAACAGACUACUUACUCUGUCAUGACGACGAGCUGGAGGGGAGAAGGGUCGCGUUUAUCCUUUAUCUAGUCCCGGAGGACUGGUCGGAGAAGGACGGAGGACUCUUGGAGCUUUUCAACACUGAUGAGACGGGGAAUCCCUCGGAUAUAAGUGUGAAAAUGGUUCCUAAGAAUAAUUCUCUCGUCUUCUUCGACGUAUCUCCGAUCUCAUUUCACCAGGUCGGAGAAGUUCUCACGGAUAGAACAAGACUCUCCAUAGGUGGAUGGUUUCAUGGAGAUAGUUUACCUAGACCUGAGAAACCAGUUCUUACUCAAGACCUUGGCCAGACCUAUGAAGAUAUCACUGAGGAGUUGUUUUUCUCCAUGAUUAAUCCUAUCUACCUCAACCCUGUCACACAGUCAGAAAUUCAGGAGAAAUUUGAACAGAGUUCAGAGAUCAGUCUCCCGGAGUUCAUUCAACCUCAGAGGUUCAGUGCUAUCUCCGAUGAGCUGAAGAAUCUCCAGGGUUGGAAGCAGGAGGGGCCUCCGAACAGGAGGAAUUUAAAGAGCAUAUCAAACUACAGAGAAGAUAAUGAGGUUGGGAACAUAUUUAACUUGAUGAGCUCCGAACCAUUCUUCCUCCUUCUCUCCAACCUGACCGGUCUCAGACUACACAAUCUCGCUCCAGAGGACAGCGACAAAGAAGAAGAAAAAACAGGAGAUGGAUUAGAACAAGAAAUCUCUCCUAAAUGGAAAGGAAAAAUAAGAAAAUGGAGUCAGGGCAACUACACACUGGUUCGUGACGAUGAUCUAGGACAGGCUGAAUAUGCCCUGGAUGCAAGACUAUGCUUUAAUUUGGCCUCCUGGGAUCCGCAGAUAGGAGGCCAAACUAUUUAUAUUGCUAGAGGCGAGGAUGAGGAACUUGUUACUGUGGAACCAGAGAACAAUUCUCUUAACCUAGUUUUCAGGGACAAGGAGAGUAUGCGGUUCGUUAAGCAUGUGAAUUCUCGUAUUGCGGAGAAUAAUGGACCUUUUCAUGAUUUAGAGUUUACAUAUUAUGAAUAGCCUGGGCUAUAAAUAAAUUUUAUUCUUUUUUCUAUUCAAUUUAA